CUGAUAAAAAGUUUUACGCCGAUAGGUGAUUCAGUAAACUAUGUGUGUGUUUGUCAGGUAUAAUAAAAAAAACAUUCAGCACCUACCUAGUUACCAAUGGUAACAACUUGGUGGUUACUAACGGGUAUAACCCCUGUAACCAUAUAAACAAUGUGUAUUUUAUCUACUUACGUAUUUGUAAUUGCUUGUAAUUGUCUGUCUGUCCGUCUGGCAGUCCGUCUGCCAGAAGACUUGCUUCGAAACUACUAGGCGUCAAGUAAGAAGUAAGAAAACCUGUUUAAAAAAAAUUCGCGAAUACGUCACCCUUUCAUUGGUUGUUAGAACAGAAAACAUAUAAAUAAUUUCGAAUUGUAUACAUUAUAUUGUUGUUUGCAAUAGAUUUAAAUUAAAUUAUCUUACUUUUCUUCUUGCACCAUUUUUACAUUUCUGUUUAGUCCAUUUGUAGUUAGUAGAAUGACUGGUAGAAAAUGCCUUUAGUUAUUAAGUCCGCCAUUUGUAUUUAGUGCAUUAAACUUUAAAUCAAUAAAUGUUUAGAAUUUCAAAGUUCUACAUUGAUUUCCUUGUGUACUAGUAUGCUAAAUAUUUAUAUUGAAAAAAAUAAAAACAAAAAUGGCGACGUAUUUAGUUCCGAAUAAGUUUUUUUUGUACAAACAAAAAAUAUGCAUGUAUAGGUUGGCAUUGUCACUUCCAUAACACGUUUCGUUAUAUCUGGUUUCGGCAAUCGACCCCUUCCACACCUUUUAAUCGGUUCACUCACGUUUUUCGUCAAAAAAAUAUUAAAACCUUGUAAAUACAUGGGUGUUGACCUUGAGCCGCGAAUCCGCCUCAUAAUUGACCGGUUUUAUUUUACUUUUAGGAACCAUUAAAGCCUGAGAAUGUUACGAUACACCGAAAAACAAUUCUAAGACUGCGUUUAUUAAUAUACACCUGUCUCAAUCAGUAAUGUAUGAGCUUUAUAAGAACACUGUUGUGGCGAAGCUCGUGUGAAACUUUUAGUGCAGACAUUGUUAUUCUUAUGGAAGUUAAAAUGUAUAAACACAUGUCUAAAAAGUAAUAGGAUGUUCUAAAUUAAUUAACUCCAUUGGUUUUGCGUGACAAUACAGGUUAAUAGUAGGUUAAUUACAGUUCUUGUCCAUUAAUACGAGUAAGGUAAGUGUACAUUUAGCAAAUUAACUGAAUUAUUAGUUACCGAAAAACCUUAACGUAGAACAGUUGUAUUGCUCGUUUAUUUUGUAGAUAUUUGUUUUCUUUAUCUUCCUAGGAAGUGAGAUCUGAGGACAGCAGGUUUAACAUCAAAGUUAUUUUUGCACAUGUUUUCUUUUCCACGAUUUUUGUUUGCACAUAUUUCGACAAUAUGUCUAGCUAGCCUACUCGAUGAAGACCCUGACUAUGAAGCCGAUAGUGCCGGACUCAAAUCCUGGAUGCAGGAGAUCAGUAAAGAGCAUUCCAUGGACCCAGAAAGUACAAAGGUUAAAAACGGAUCGUGCCAUAACUUUCUAGUACAAACCUUCCAUGAUUUUGCAGAAAAUACUACACUGAAUGGCUUAAGAUACAUUGCAGGAAAAGGAUUUUCUUUUCUGGAGAGAUUAUUCUGGACUUCUACAUUCGUCCUCAGCACAGCUCUGUGUGUGUUCAUGGUUUAUAGGUCAUAUGUGAAGUAUGAUACAAAUGGAGUUGCGGUAACCUUGAAGGAACGCCUAAUACCGGUAAACGAGUACCCUUUCCCCGCGGUCACAAUAUGUCCAGAAGCAAGGAUCAGUCAGAAAAAAUACAACUAUACUUAUGAAUACUACAAUUCAGAAGAUUACUCUACUGCAAACCUCGAAAAAUUACAUUCUACAAUUGUACUUUGUGAUAACGGUGACGAGAUUACUUCGGCCAUGUUAUUAAACCAAACAAUUGAAAUCAGUACAUUCUACGAGGUGGUGCCCAAACGUGAGGAUAUUUUUGAGGAAUGCUGGUGGCGUAAUGAGGUUGACUGUAUUAAAAAAUUUCGCCCGGUGCUGACCGCAGACGGAAUCUGUUACACUUUUAAUACUUUGGCUACCAAUGACAUAUUUCGCAGAAAUAGCUUACAUCAAAAGCGCUACUACUUGAACGCGUCGACUGCUCAGAAAGGGUGGUCACUAGAGAAAAACUACAACAGUUCCGCCAAAGACGUAUUUCCAAGACGUGGCCGGCCAAACGGUGCGGUGGAAGACCUCUUCAUAUCAUUGAAAGAAAUAAGUGAUCGAGAUUUUGCAUGCGAUAGACAUACUCGACCCGGUUACAUGGUGUACUUCCACCAUCCCGCCGACCUGCCGCAGGCAGCGCUCCACAACUACGCAGCGCAGCCUGGGAAGACUACCUCCUUUGCGAUCAAACUUGACAUCCUGGACACCGCCGACGAACUUGCGAGCUAUUCUCCGAAGAUUCGUCAAUGUUAUUUCCCAAAUGAGCGAUAUUUACAGUUUUUUCAAAAAUAUACUUCUUUAAACUGCCAGCUGGAAUGUCUCACUAACUACACUGUCAAGAUCUGUGGAUGCGUCAGCUUCUACAUGCCACGUAAUGCCAGCACGCCUAUAUGUAAAGCAGAUAACUAUGAUUGCAUAGAUAAGGCUUUAGAUCAAUAUGCCACAGAAGAAGAUUUUAAUGAAAGCAUAACCAACGAAUGUUUAUGCCUGCCUUCGUGCAAAGAUGUCAAUUAUGACGUUGAUAUUGUCAUUACUAAACUUGAUCUUAAAGAAUAUUUCAAGAAAGUGAAGGAAUUUGACAAAUUAGAAACAGAAAAUGACGAUUAUGAUGAUUACAGCGAUACUGAAGAUGAAGAUACAUAUGAAACUUCGACAAGCGGUCUUGAUAUUGAAGAUGAAAAUAAAGAUACAGAUAACAUAACUGAUGUUGAAGAUACGGACAAUAAGUCUAUUAGUAUUGAUAAUGAAACCCAAGCUGAAAAUGAGUUCACCGAAAUUAGGAUUUACUAUAGGCGGCCUCGCUUCGUAGCCAUGCAGCGGUCGGAACUGGUCGGGCUGUCGCAGUUUCUGGCCGACAUUGGCGGUACUCUUGGCCUCUUCCUCGGAUUUUCUUUCCUCACGCUCGCCGAGAUCUUUUACUACUUCUCACUCAAAUUGUUCUGCACUUCCAAACGCAAGGACUCAGAGAAAGACGAAACUCCAAAGGAUACAGCCAAUCUUUUUGAAACUAGCAAUUUGUAAAUUGAGAUAUGUACGAUUAUUCUUCAGUUGGAAUGUAAAAA